UUUACCCAACGUCCCCCUGUCAGUCACUUCCGCACGCUCAAGGUGGGCAUGAUGGCAUGCUAACCAGAGUCAGGUCGAAGUGCCUUGAAAACACUCUCUCUGAAGUAUAUCUGUCUAAGGAAAUAAAUUAUGUCCUCGUUACUUUCACGUGUUUUUAGUACGCUGUUACCCAGACAGAAUGGGAUGCCAUGUUCAUCAACCGGCCUCCAAAGGUGUAACCAUUGGUUUGCAUCAGUCAUGUCCCUUAAAACUUCUGCACCUUUGAGAGCAGAGCCGAGGAAGAAAAAGAAAGUGGACCCUCGCCGAGAGAUAAUGGCGCGAGAGCGUCUGAAGAAGAGGCUGAGGAAGCUGGAAAAAGUUCCACCUGAGUUCAUCCCCAUUGAAGACUUCAUCCCAUCUGCCAAAGGCUAUGACGAAAUGAGAGUACGUAGCGAACCCCGCCUGUCAUUCGAGGAGAGCGAGCGCCGGGCGCUACUACACAAGGAGUGGACGGUCUUCAAGCACGGCCAGCACCAGGCGGAGAUGGCCACCAUUAAGGGAGCCGUGGAGGCCCAGAGGCAGGCCCUGGAGGAGCUGAGGCUGGAGUCAGAGGAGCUCUACCAGGCAGCGCUGGCCCCAGACCCUGCCCUCUUCCCCUUCACCCAGCAGGGCCCCAGCUACACUCCACCCAUGCACAACUACGAUGCACCCGAGGGCACAUACAACGACAAGACAAAAGUCUACACACAGUGAAGGAUGUUGCGUUUCUGUUACUUACUACGUCAAUCAGUGUGUGUUUCCAGCAUGAGUUACUACAUUGGACACUAAUAUGCUGUGACAAUGCUGUUGACUGAGAUUUCUUCAUCUGGGGUUGCGUUGUGCCAUCUUUUUGGUCAGUUUUACAUGUGAAACUAGACUGGUGUAAAACGUCUAGCAAGGGGUGUUUUUUUUUUGGAGGUCUCUGCCUCCCACCAGUUACCCAAAUGAGGUGUUUUGAACAGAAAGAUGAACAUUUCAAAUUAUAGCCGUUCUCCUCUUUGAGAAAAGGGAGCUCAGGCAUUUACUCAAGACAAGAAUAAACACCAGACUCAUGUGAACCAUAUGCAUUUGAAGAUUAUUGACAGAAACCAGUCAUGCCGUUUGUCUUUUUUUAUAUUAUUGUGCAUUUGCUUUUGAAAUGAAGAGCACUGUAAAUAAGAUUGUUUUCGAACAUUAAACAAAAAAUUAAACAUA